AGGCGAGGGUAUAAAAACCUCGGGGUCGCCGUCGCCGACUGUCCACGUAGCAGCUCCCGUCGACGUAAGAGAGACGUACCUGGAACGAUGCAGCCGCGCUCGAGGUUUCUGCUGUCCGCCGCCGCCGCGCUGCUGUGCAUCGGUGGGAGCAGCUCUCUCAAGCUGCCUUCCUACAUUCCUGCUUGCGCUCGCAACGACCCACAACUCAACGCGUGCAUGAAGAAGAACGCUCAGAUUGCAUUGCCUGGAAUUGUGAAAGGUGACCGCAAGUACCGGGUGCCGCCCUUGGAGCCGUUCUUCAUCAGCCAGAUGGUGCUGGACCAGGAGGGACAGGGCGGCGGUCCCGGCUUCUCGCUGGUCCUCAGCGACGCCAGCCUCUCCGGCCUGUCCAAGGCCAGCAUCGAGGACAUCAGGGCCGACCUGGACAAGUACAUCCUGGAGCUGGAACUGUUCUUCCCUCACCUGGAGCUGCAGACCAAGUACAAGCUGUCCGGCAGGUUCCAGAGCUUCCCCAUCAACGGAGAAGGCCCGGGCAACAUCACCAUGACCAACGUGAAAGUGAACUGCAAAUUCGACUUCAAGCAGGAGAAGAGGAAGGACGGCCUCACCUACCUCAUCCCCAACACUCCUACCCUGACGUUCGACAUUGGCGGUCGUCUUCACUUGCAGCUGGACAACCUCAUCAAAGGAGACAAGAAUCUAGGCGAGAACAUGAACGCCGUCCUGAACGACAACUGGCGCGACGUGGCCAAGACGCUGGGUCCCGGCGUGUCGGACCUGCUGGCGGUGCUGCUGCAGCAGACCAUCUCCGGCAUGUUCGAGCAGGUGCCCGUGGAGGAGAUCUUCGCGUGACCUCCCGUGCUCCCUCCCUCUCUGCCUACCUGCCUGCCUCCCUCCCUACCACGCUCCUUUCUUACCUCCCGUUCUCCCUCCCUACGUACCUAAACUCACUCCUUUCUUACCUCCCGUUCUCCUUCCAUCCCUACCUACCUCCUGUUCUCCCGUUCUCUCUCCAUCCUUACCUACCACCCGUUCUCCCGCCAUCCCUACCUACCACGCUCCUUUCUUACCUCCCUACGUACCUAAACUCACUCCUUUCUUACCUCCCGUUCUCCUUCCAUCCCUACCUACCUCCCUCCCGUUCUCUCUCCAUCCCUACCUACCACCCGUUCUCCCGCCAUCCAUACCUACCACACUCCUUUCUUACCUCCCUACGUACCUAAACUCACUCCUUUCUUACCUCCCGUUCUCUCUCCAUCCCUACCUACCACCCGUUCUCCCGCCAUCCCUACCUACCUCGCUCCUUUCUUACCUCCCGCUCUCCCUCCCUAUGUACCUAAACUCACUCCCUCCAUCCCUACCUCCCGCUCUCCCUCCCUCUCCCAAUCUACCCCCACUCCCUCCCUCCUUCCCGACCUACCUUCCUACCCCCCAUGGUCACACAGUUCCAUUUUUGUGAAGGCGACAUUCUUGCUUCUUGGGAGCCUCGACACUGCUGGGAAUCACAGUAAAUGUACGGACUUCCCAACGAAGAAUUAUCCUCAGAUAAACAUAAUGGACUAUACAGGCGAACAAGGAAAGCAAGGCAGCUGCAUCCCUUCCAAAACGAGGAAAAGAAGAAUCAAAACCUAAGAGCAAGAAGUUGAACUUGUAGAAAAUAUUAUAAUUUUUUUUAUAAAUGAUUUUUUCCUUAUUGUUUUAUUUAUUUUUUUAUGGAACCAUGGACACACUUUCUUCCCCAUGUAUGUGGUGGUAUACAAAAAAAAAAAUUAUUCCUCUAUUGUCUUUUUUCUGUUCUGAGCUGGUUAUAUCUCUGUUAGAAAAAUAAAGCUGUAUUCAGAGUUGUGUGUACCGUUGUAAACAGAUUAGACAAGUACAUAGAAGAUGAUUCUUGCGAGUUUCUAUUUAAAUAUUAAGUAAAUUUAUAAAGCUGUCCGAUAGAUUCACGAACAUCCCUGGAUAUAUUGUAACUAAAGUUUUUAAAACUGCAUUUUUCAAAACGCCCCGGUCACAAUGUACUUUGUAUGAACUGAUAUUUUUAUGUAAAUUUAAGGCAGUAUAUGACCCACAUAAAUGUAAAAUAAGGGCAAGUGCAAAAUGUCUGAAAAUAUGGCAAAACAUUGCUAUGAUAACCCUUUACACGCCACUAAAUAUCUUUGUGUUUUUUUGAAUUGGUUUAUUCUCUGUAACUAUUGUUAUUAUUAUUACACUACCUAGUAAUUUAUUCGUCACAUAUUUGGAAUAAAUGAGCCUCUAAUUGCCAACACAUAUAAUAUUGCUAUACUUUUUAAUGACAUUCAUAGAUAGCUCUGUGUACUCACAUUAUGAGCAUGUCUGUACUCUGGUCUGAGCAGGUUAGAACAGGAUUUGACUGGCCAGCCAGUGUCAGUCUGUGCCUGUGCAGAUGUGGCUUAGGCACUAAGUGUUUAGUGUUUGUGGUUUGUAGUCAGUAACUGAUUUAAUUCACACCAUGGCGUGUAUGAGUUAGCUGUUUAUUUUUUGGAAAUUAUUUAUAAUGGAGUGCUCAGUAGGAAUUUUCUUUGAAUGAACCUUGUACAUAAACCUGCUUAUGGGGGAGUCUAAAAGAAUAAGACAGAUCAAUGAAUUUUAAGAGGAUGACAAGUUUAUGCUUCAAGUAAGACUGAUUGUGCAAGAGUACAAUCAUUUAUUUGGAAAUAUUUUGUUCAGAUCCAUUGCUCAUGCAUACAAAAUGUAUUAGAAAAUCUCUUGGAGAAAAAGUUACUGAAAAAUAUAAAGAUGCUAAAGUGAAAAACAUAAAUAUUAUUCCAGGGAAAUCUCUAUGUACAAACUGUUGGACAAUAAUAUCUGGUUUUAGUUGUGCAAAUGACAGUGGUGAUUAAGAUUAUGAACCCAAUUCACAAACCAUAUAAAAUGUGAAUGUAGCUUGUCAGUUGUUUGGCGAGUCUCCAUUGAAAGUAGCCAAGUUGAUUUUAGAUAAAAGGAAUGACUGGCAUUACAAGAAAAGUCGAGAAAGUAUCAAAGAGCCUACGAAAGAAAUUGUCAACGUCUUUUGAUGUACCUUAUGUUGAAGAAUAUUUUUUUUUGGGAAGGUGGUUAAUUUGGAUGAGUACAGAAUUUUAAUAAACAAGCUGCAUCAUUAAAGGACAAAAUCAAAAUAUUCCGUUUAUUACCUUCAAGCUGGAGGGUGUUAUGGCUGAAUUUGGUGUGAAUUAAUACUUGGUCAAGAGUACAAGAAAACUAGUUAAUAAGUAUGGGAUUUUACCUGAAAAAAGUAAUAAAAAACCUUUGUCUAAAACUGUAUCUGAAUUCUUUGAGAAUGAUGACAAUAGCAGGAUAUGUCCAGGUAAGAAAGAUUUUGUAAGUGUUUGGACAGAAGUUGGAACCGAAAUCCACAAGCAGAAAAGCAACUGAUUCUGUGCAAUUUGAAAGAAUUUUACAGUAAAUUCGAAUCAGUACACCCUUCUUUAUGUGUAGGAUUUUCGAAAUUUGCACAACUUCGACCAAAAUGGUGUAUCCUAGCAGGGCCUAAAGGAACUAACAAUGUGUGUGUAUGUGUGUGUGUGUGAGUGCGCGCAUGAGACAUCAAAAUGUCAAACUAAUGGUCAGUGCAGUAAUAAUUACAAAGAACUCCUACAAUUAAUCACAUGUGAUCUUAACAAUGAAAAGUGUAUGUUCUGCUCAACUGUAAAAUAAGUCAAACAAGUUUUGUACAAAAAUGAAGAUUAUUAUAUUGCUGAUGACUGUGAAAAUGAAAUAAAAUAUCAUCAGUUUGGUAACUGUAGA